CUGUUAAAACAUCUUGUAAUGGCAGCAGACGGACAUUAAAAACUUGUUAGCAAUUACCAUGAAAACAACUAUCAAGAUUUAUAUUUGAAAUUUGUUGCUUCUUAAAACUUUUAAAGGAUGGACUGGAAUUUCAAACUUUCAGAUUACAACAAAGAGGUUGUACAGGACAAUAAAAUUCCAAAAUGUCUGAGACUGAAAAUAAGAAAAACAUUGAGAAGAUUUUGACAAAAAGGGGCAUAACUGCUGCUUAUUUUUCAACUUCCGGAAAUGUUGAAAACAAAGUAUGGCAUCAUAUGCAACAGCCUGAAUCAAUGACGAAAGAAGACUCAGGAGUUUUCAUGGAAAGCAGUGAUGAAGAUAGAGAUUCAGGAAAGGGGGAACAGACACGGACACCAAUAUCAGAUGAAGAGCUUAAUUGCGAAAACAUCAUUUUGAAAAUUGAACAACAGACUACACAACUGACAGAAAUAACUUUGCUUAAGAGCCAAAGCAGCUUUAGAGGAAUGAAAAUUGUUAAAUUUGAUGAUAAACUUUCCAUAAUAAGUGAAAAGUCCACUGAAACAGACUCACAGGUACCCUUUAAAAGAGAUAUUCACUUGGAAGAACAAGUGGUUGUCAAGGCAAAACAAAUCCAACACCAGCCAAAAACCAAGACAAAGUCUCCAGAAAGACAAAAAUCUCUUUCCCGUAAAUUGUCUACUAAAAAGAAAACACGACGGAGGGUCAGAUUACCCCAAUCACCUAACAGAAAUGUUAACCUUGACAUUCCACAGGUGUACCAGCGACAGAACACUACAGAGUUACUCCACCUUUAUGAUGAAGAGAUUCCAGUUGCCAGAGCUUCCGUGAACAGAAAAAUUUCAAACGUUCGAAACAACAUGUUCGGAAACAAUCUUCGAGAUUCAACCAAAAAGCUGCAGGACGACCUGCGGCAGACUAUGAGAAAAUAUUCCACGGAAAAAAGUCAACUUUUGAGGCAACUUUCAAGUCUAAGAUACCAACAAAACCAACUAGGAGAUUUAAAAUUGAAUGCUUUAUCACCUUCAACCAUGAGUGAAUCAUCCUCAGUCCAAUCCUCAUCAAGAUAUUAUAUGGCCCCAAACAUUGCCGCUCACAAAUUGAAUAAAAAGAAGAAGAAGACACAGGAAACCAAAACUACUACAACAACUCCUGAGUCGUCACGAAAAGAAGGAAUUUUAAAACUUCCGACUCUCAGACAAGAAAGUUUAACGAAAAUUAUAAAGUCGAGAUGUCCAUCAAAGACGACAUCGGAGUGGGACUCUGGGCGAAAUAAUUCAAUGCAAAAUCUACCGCCACUGGAUCCACCACCAGGGAUAGCAGCUGCGAAGGAACUACUUCAAGAAAGUUACAAAAUUCCUAAAGUCCGGGAUUCAGCCCGUCAUGAUAUAACUCGUGCAAGCUUACCAAGCAGAACAAACAAGAAAAAAGUUCAUUUUGCCGAAAAACACAGUGUGAGCGAAUAUGGACGACACGAACAAGUCCACAAUGACUUUACGUCACCAAAAAACUUUUCAUGGUCCGGAGAUACCAAAUCUCUCCCCCCAAUAUCAAAUAUGGACACUUUCAGUGUUGACAGUAUUAAAGCGUAUUCUGCCUUACCUCCUAUUUAUGGUAAGAACAGUGACCCUGAUCCUAACGAGGUCAUGAGAGCAACCCAGCAGUACAAAUCAUUGUACUUGAAAAUGAAAGAUCCUGAACAAAGGAUGAAAACAUUAGCAGAAAUCUUGUAUUCUGUACGACUGAGAAUGAUAGAGAAUGAACAAACACUGAAAUAUGGUAUUAACCCUAAACAUAUGAAAAACGCUAAUACCCUGUGCGAUUUUCUGAUGAACAGGAACCAUAACUCUUCAAUGUCUAUGUAUUCUGUAAAUUCAGAACUUUCAACAACUGAUGGAAGGAACAAAUCAGGAAUCCCAAAUAAUACAGCCGCCAGAUCAGGAAGGAAAUCUGGUUCACUCCAGUUGCAAAAUUAUCUACGCAAGAUGUCACGAUCUCGUCGUCCAUCUGAAGAAAUUCGCAUGUCAAGGAUGAUGGGACAACCUGAUAUAAUAGAGGCACAAGAAGUCUAACCCAUUCAAACUGGGACAAAUUUUGUUUUUGCAAUUUUGAGGACCUAUUUUUGUUUUUUUGACUGUGAUAAUUUGUGUAUACACAUUGAUGUUGCAAUUAAAUUGUGUUUCACUGAAA